UGUCACGGAAUUUUUUUUCCAACACUACAUUUAUUAUUUGGGAUUUUUUUAAAAUGUACAAGCACACCAAAAUAUGCCAAUACAACACUGGUGGGUUUUUUUUUGGGGGGGGGGGCAUUUUGAGUGAUUUCGGUACACCUUGACUCUCUUCUGCGACUGCACGCCUCACUGGAGUCUAUGAUGGUGGAAUGUGCGUGGCCUCAGUUUCAGUUGCCUUUGAACCUUCUUUAAAAAGAAUAUUAAGAUUCCAGAAAUUGAGAACGGGACACUGGCUGUCCCCCUUUACAAGCUCUUCAAUCACCUGACUGGACAUGAAGGACAUCAGUGACGCCUUCCUUUCAGCAACAAGCCAAAUCAAUAAACAUUGUUUUUUUUUUUUUGCUCACAAAUGUCACCUUAGAGGAGAUUUAAACAUCACAGAAGGUAAAAGUUUGAAGUCACUGGAAAAACGGGAGGAGAAUGAGUGCUGGAGUUUUGCUGAGGUGAAAGGGUGGAGAGGCUUGACGCCCGCAUAAAAGAAGGAGGGGCACGCACUGGCAGGGAAGUACAUCUCAAGUGAUGGGGGACAGAGUUCGGGGGAACGAGGAGAAAGCACUCAAGCUCGUUUCAGCUCCGCGCGUAAUCGUGUCUGGAGAACUUUUACACACGGCGCGUAGGUGCGUCACCGCGCCCUUUAUGGAUGCCAACGAGAUCAUCGGAGCUGAUUGGGAAUUUCGGUGGAAGUAUUAAGCAGGAGGUGGGGUAAAAGCGAGUGAUAUAUAUUGAAAUAUCGGACAGAAAGAGGAAGGGUGGUCAUCAUACUCGGCGCCGGCAUCGCGGAGCGAGUCACCCGAGCAGGCAGACAAACAAGACAAGAAAAGACGAGGAGGCUGAGACGCUCUCAUCCCGAAGUGUGCGCUCGACUUGGAUGCGCGCGCGGCCGCACGUGUUUCGAGCAGCGACCCCCGCCGACCCUAACGGCGGAGCACCGCGGUCCGGGGUCCACCCGCAUCCACUCCCGGACGGUCCACCGAGGACCCCCGGCGCUUUUCAAGCGUGGAUAUUUAACCAGACACUUUGUGUUGGGAAGUUGAUUUGUUUUAUUUAUUAAAGCAGACGUAUAGUGGACUUAUCGAAAAGGAUUUUUUUUUUUUAAAAAGCACAUUUAAGGUACGUUUUAUAGUUUUAUAAUCAUGUUCACUGCCGCUUCCAUUAUUAUUAUUUAAAGUUGAAAGUGACUUUUUGAUUUUAUUUAUCAUUGUACCAUUAUGAAGAGGUGAUGAAAAAGCACCAUUUAGUUUUUUGGGGGGUGUGUGCCUGUUUUAUGGAAAGAAUUAAAAAAAAUUAAUAGUAUAAACUUUGGAGGGUUGGAAGUAAAAGUGACUGUAGGGUUCGUUAUGUGUGGGGAAGUGGCUUAAUUGAUCACAAAGACGCAUCGGACUUAUCGGGGAGGUUAUAAAAACAUUAACGUGUUUUUUUCCGAAACAUUUAACUGCACUCUAAAGAAAGGUUGUGCACAUGCAGUUGCCGUCUAUACACACGGGAGGACUGCAUACUAUAGAGCAGGGUACCCAAAAUAACUCAUUAGUACUUUGGCAGCCAACGUGCUAUCGUGCAUUUACGGUCGAAUUGUACCCAACUUUAUUUUUCAUUUAUACUCAAGAAGGUAUUUUUGCGUGCUUAUGUUCGUUUUGGAAAAUCUUGAAUAUAUGACAGCAUAUAGCUGUCAUAUAUUCAGAUGGUAAUUUUUCAGUUAACGUGGACUUCUGCUUUGUCACUACAAAUCUACUGUUGUUUUGUUUAUCACAUGCCUUCAUCCGGCUCUGUAAAGUGGAGUUUGUCACGGCAAAUUAACUGACGUCCAUCAACUCUUGUCUUGCAGCAAUCAACAGAAGGGCAACGCCCCCCCCCCCAAAAAAAAAAUCACUUUCCCCACCAUCAGUCGUCCGCGUGAGCAAUGGGGGAACUGCACGUGCGCGUCACCGUGGGACUGCUACUACUUCUCACGUGCACGCUCGUCGGCGCGGCACCCACGCCGAAGACGAGCGUGAGCCGGGGUUCGAGGCGCGCCACCGCGCCGGUAAGGCGAGAGGAGGAGCUGAGACGCUUCGCCGAGACCACGAAGAUGGGGAGGACGGUGGCGGCGGCGACGGGCGAAGCUCCCUGGAGCCCCUGGGGGAGCGCCAUGACCGUGAUUACGACGCCCCACGGGGAAAAGAGGCGUUUGAGAAGAGUGAAAACAGACAGAAGGGGGGAUCGGCCAGUCGCCCCAACCCCACGAAAUCACAGAAAGAUGGACAAAUACCUGACACACAUCACAGGUCGGCUCUACUUCAGCCCCAAGUGCAGAAAGCACGCGUCCCAUGUGUACCACCAGACCCGAGACUGCACGAUACUUGCAUAUUUCAAAAGAUGUGCCCGGCUUCUCACGCGUCUUGCCAGCAGCCCAAUGUGCACGGGAGGUUAACGCGAGCAAGGUCCAAGACAAACACCUGCUAUCCAGAAUUCGAAUGGUCUUGCUUUGGGAAGAAAAAAAAAAGUGCCUUGGACAUUGGGAGAGCCAUCUGUAAAUCACUGUUGAACUCAGGCGGAACAAGUGUCCUUCUACUGAAGUCUACUGAUCGUAUGGACGCUGCGACCACCUAAAAAGCUGAAACUAAACAAAAAAAAAAAAAAAACAUCAACAAAAGGAAGCCAAUGGGAGGCAAAGAGCCCGCGAGAGACAAGAGGACGAUCCGCUUCGCUUGCCUUGUUGUGUAAAGGACUAAAGGACGCGGACUCUGCGGGCCCACGCAGGCCCACGCGCCGAUAUCGAGAUGCUGACGAGACAUCAAACAUGGUGGGAAAGAACAGAACAUUCCGUCAAAGUCCAUAUUUAUAUAUUUGACAAGAUUGGACCA